AUGGGUAUCAAGGAUAGGCACCAAAAGCUCUGGUUACGCCGUAAUGCGUGGCUAUUGGCCAUAGCAACGUUUGUGGUGAUGAUAUACGGCGUCACUAUAGUGCGUACGACCACGUGGGCGCACACGUUUGGCGUUAAGCAGAAUGAGGAAAGGGCAUCGAAUUCAGGUCAAAUGGUUCGAGAUAACAAUGCCAUGAAGAAGACGAUGGAAUUGGACGCAUUAAGGGGCGAACACGCGCAAGCAGAAGCGGAAAAGCCGAUGGAGGAAACGGCUGAAAAUGGACGAAAGCAAUUGAUGAAGAAAGAAGGAGAACAGGAGACCGUUGCGGGCGUAAACAUCCAUGAUGCACACACUGCAGUAACGACGGGCUUACGUGUUCAUCUGAUGGACAAAGCAGAAAAUAUGGUGCUGCCCAAUGACGAUACGUUCUCUCUUGAUGAUUCUGGACACAACCUUGUAGAUGAAGCUAUAGCAAAUACGGUGGAGGGUCUUGUAAAUACCGAGAAGCCCAAGAAGGAUGACAAGUGGACGGUGAUCAAAACUAAUUCUGUUGCUGAUCAAACAAACGAUGGGGAUAGAAGAACAGACGAUGCUGUGAAAGUACCGAGUACAAUGGAUUACAAAGGACCCAUACCGUUAACGACAUUGCUAACAAGUACUGGUAAUGGCAGCGAUCAUCUACGGACUGGCGUGGACAAAUUGCCUGGAGCUGAACAAGCUCAUAAUACAAUGUUGCCAGUUUCUAGUGGUUCUGCAAUGAUGCAAAAUACGCAGAUCCAGCCGAGUGUUUUCAUGUCGAGACGAUUUGACAAGUCACGACUGGCACUGAAGACGUCAAACAUUUCAAUUCCAUUUGAAAAGCGACAUCAUGUACUAGUCGGAUAUAACGCUACCAUGGAGUAUCUUCAGGUGUACACAAAGCCAGCAGAUUCACAGGAGGAACUCUUUCUCUUCUUCACAUGCAGCUACAGUAAAGAUGACUGGACACCCAAUUGUGCACGAGCACGCAAGAAAGUGUACGAUACAUUUGCCACGUCACCCUUCUACCAAUCGUCUCGUAACGAUUCGCGCAGGACCUCGCGACGAAUGGAUAAAUGGGAGAAAUGCUUUUACGAACGAUGA